CAUGCGGCCAACAAUUAUAUUACCAAUCUUAUGCCGUUGUUGAUUUGGCUUCCUAAGUGGUUGACCACAUCGAGCGGCACACUAAAAGCAAUCGCCAGCGAUAUGGAGGCUCAGAUGCAGGACUAUACAAGUAAUGCCGAGAAAGUCAUAUGCAACGGGUCGGCACUCUACUCAUUUAUGCGUCACUUCUUGAAAAACCAGCAGGAGUACGACCUGAGUUCGGAAAGAAGGCCUAUGAAUUCUCUAUAGCCUGGUUGGGGCUUGUACGAGGUUACCAUAUAAUGCCGUACUUUUGUUUAUUGUGACAAAGAUGGAGAACUCGAACUGGUUCCAGAAGGUGCAAGACGAAGUCGACCGUGUCGUUGUAGACAACAGACUGCCAUUAUUUGGUGACCUUUACCCAAUUACUCCGUAUAGUUCGUGCCGUUGUCUAGGACGGAAUCAGGCGGCGAUCAAUCGUGGCUGAGAUUGGGAUCCCACAUAUGGCUGAAGAUGACUUUCACGAAGGAUACUUUAUUCCGAAGGGUACUAUCCUGCACGCCAGUCAUGGGUAAGCCUGAGCAGACAUCAUACGAACGAAGUCAAGCCAACCUGUCUUUGAACACCUCGAUCUUGUCGGGAAGGGAUAUGUGCC